AUGUCCCUCUGUCGCGAACGUUCCCUCAAAGGCUCAGGUCAAGGGUCAGAUUUUUCUGGAGACCAUGCGCGCAGACACUCAACGAAACAGACGUUGCCAAGCUCGAGCGAUCUCGACCACCAAGGCGGCGGGAACACAUCGGGCCAAGCGAGUGGGUCCCGAGAUUCAGACUUUGACCAGGAGGAUGACUCCAGCCACCCCUCGGACAUGGAAUGGCGCACAGAUUCCGGCGAGUCGUACUCGGACUCAGAUUCAGACUCAGACUCUUCCUCUAAACGACAAUCGCCCCCGCCAUCUGACCCGGAGUCCAACUCGAAAACUCAGGUCAGCCCGUCUCCGGAGCCAGCGCCGACGCCCGUGGCACGGAAUCCGAUGGUCCCGCCCAAAGCCACCUAUGGAGGACUGGGUCGUCGAUGGCUGCCCGCCGCUGAGGCGUUCCGCGGGAAAUGGAGAGCCAGGAAUCGCGGCCGCGGAGCUCGCGGCUGGUACGGCCUGUCGUGCACCUACGACGACGACUUCAAGGUCGCGGGCAUCGAGCUGUACUUCAAGACCGUCGGCUCGGCGCCCUCUUUCCUUCAGCUGGAGAUUGAAAAGGUCACCAUUGACCUGACCGCCGCGGCGAAGGAGCCCAUACUGUUCCAGCGGGUCACCUACAACGGCAGUCUGGUCGUCGUCGUCGGUUCGGCCGAGGCGGCAGCCAGGCUGCUGCGAUUGCGGAACAUCGCCGGACAUAAGGUGGGCGUUAAAGUUUUCGCCGACGGCGGCAACAACGUCGGCAAGAUCACCAACGUGCCAAUAGCCCACUCGGAUGAGCAGCUGCAGGAGUGGUUCGUGUCCCAAGGCGUCAUUCACGCCCGCCGCCAGGUGGUCUACAAGCGCCAAGUUGAUGAACGCGUCGAACGCGUGCCCACUUUCAACGUGAUCCUCACCUUCAGGCCGGACAAAAGGAUGCCGACGACCGUGGUCCCGAAGCCCGAGGUGGCCAAGUUCCUCGGCGACCGGCCGUUCGUAGUGCGGCCCCAUUUCGAGCCGCCGGUGCAGUGCAUGUGCUGCCAGCGCUUCGGCCACAUGGCGCGCUACUGCCUGCGCACGCCCCGCUGCAAGGUCUGCUCGGGCCCGCACAGCUACAAGAAGUGCGACCGCAGGGGCGAGCCCCGCUGCGCCAACUGCCACGGCCCGCACGCGGCCACGUUCACGCGUUGCCCGCUGCGCCGCCUGGCGGCCGUCGAGAAGCGCUGGUCGUACGAAAGCAAGGACGGCGAAUGA